AUGGAGGACGUAGGGCUGCGGGGCGGGCGGGAGCGGCUGGCCGUCGGCGACCCUCGGCUCGGCGCCGGGCUGGUGGAACCGGGGCCCGUGACGGUGAUGGUGGAGCAGCGGGCAGCUGAGGGUUACAAGCUGGUGGAGGUGCAGCUGACCGGCGGGGCUCCCUGGGGCUUCACCUUGAAGGGCGGACGGGAGCACGGGGAGCCCCUCAUCAUCACCAAGAUCGAAGAUGGGAGCAAAGCUGCAGCUGUGGACAAGUUACUGGCUGGGGAUGAAAUUGUUGGCAUCAAUGAUGUGGGCCUGUCUGGCUUCCGACAAGAAGCAAUCUGUCUGGUGAAAGGUUCACACAAGACACUGAAGCUUGUAGUGAGAAGGAAGAUGAAAGUGGUGGUGGAUAUUGUAGCACAGAAAAUGCCUUCUGAAAAUGACAUUCAUGUAGCAAGAAACUAUCUUAUCAAGAUCUUGACAAGUUCCAUGAGAAGGAAUGACCUAGCCUGCAGGCCACACUCCUGGCACGCAACCAAAUUUACGGAAAGCCAACCUGAGGCAGCCACGUCACACCUUCCCUCAUCUAAUGCCUGCUCCUCCUGGCACUCGAGCUAUCAUGCAAGUUGUUCUUCUAAUGACCUGUCAAAUUCAUGGGAUCAGUCAAGUCUGUUUCGUACUUCUGAUCAAUUCAGCUCUUUGGGAAGUAUGGACAGCUGGGACCACACUCCCCAAGUAGCCCAGUAUGGAAGACUUUCUUCUGCAAGGUCUAAUAGUAGCAUUGAUCAUCUAGGGAGCCAAAGUAAGCGGGAUUCGGCCUAUGGAUCUUUCUCCACGAGUUCUAGCACCCCUGACCACACUCUGUCCAAUGCAGACACUUCUUCAACAGAGAAUAUGCUUUACAAAGUGGGCCCCUGGGAGACUUCAAAGCAUGGAAGCAAGUCUGGCCAGUUUUUGAAUGACAGCAGUGGAACAGAGGACAAACCUGGGUAUUUGCCAGCUCCCAUCCAGUACGAGAACAACAAAAGUCCUAGAACAGAGGAGCACCCAGAUGUCAAGCUCACUAGCUCAGGAAGAUCCAGUUUUGGACCUGUCUGGUACGUUCCUGAUAAGAAGAAGUCUUCAUCUCCUCCCCCCCCACCUCCACCUCUCCGUAGUGACAGCUUUGCGGCCACCAAGGGCCAUGAGAAAACCCAUGGCUCUGUGUACUCAGAGGGUGCCAGCACGCAGCACUUUACAGCCCUGAACCGAUCUCAGCCCAGGAGUGACUGGAGUUUGGAAACUGCAGAGCAGCUGCGGCGGCCCUCCAGAACAUGUGAGAGGAGGAUCAGCAGCUCAAAUUAUAAAACCGAUCUCAGUUCAGAACAUAUUUUUUCUUCAGCUGGUGAAAGGUACAGUAGUAAUGCAGGAGCUGUGAACAAGCUGCAGCCAUCCUUGUCCAGCACCGACAUUAGGUUUGCACAGCCUACUUACACUUACCACCACCAGCACCAGUACAGUGAUGAAAGCACCUUCUAUCACAGUGCAAGAAUCUUAGCUGCACCUAAAGAUCAGCAACACUAUCUGUCCUACUGUGGCAUUCAGGAUUUAACUACAGGUAAUUUUCAUGGCUACAGUCCAAACCAAGCCAGUCUUAUCAACACUUCCUCUUUGAGCAGUGCUGCUGAACAGAAGGUGGACAACACUGGAACAAGUCUGUAUUAUUGUGUGACAGCAAAACAGCCUGCUCAGGGAAGCUCAAAGCCACUACAACUCAAGGAUGACAGCUGGAAACCUGCAGUGGGAACUGAUAUGUCACUUGGACCGCAUGAAAAUUCUGCAGUUGUUACCAUGGCCCCAAACCCAAAAUACUAUCUACCUCAACAAUCUCUUGAAUCUUCACUGACAAGGUGUGAAAACAGUAGUCAUUACCCAGUGGACAAAGAGGGAGACGCUAAGUGUGCUAUAGUAGAAGAAUCUAAAAAACUUAAUCAUACUGAAAAAUCUGGACAAAAGAAAAGCUAUGAGAACAGCUUUGAGGAAAGUGAAACUAGGCACAGUCAGCCGGAGUAUGUAAAGGGUUGUGUCCUUACCACUGAAAACAGAUCUGUUCAGAAAGAUUUUAGGUGGGGGAAAGAUGAGAGUAGCAAGAUUUCUCCUCAGAAGACGCCAAUGUUGCACUCUUUAGCUCAGGAAGGGAAAAAACAGUCUAACAACAACCCAGAAGUGGUAACAGAACGACAGUCCUCAUUUGACACUCACCUGUCUAAACAGGCACGGAGGAGCGAUCGUUUUGCAACAACCCUCAGAAAUGAGAUCCAAAUGAGAAGAGCAAAGCUGCAGAAAAGUAGAAGUACUGCUACACUAGCAGGGUCAUCUGAAACAGAGGAGUGCAGUGAGACCUGGAAACCAGAUUCAGUUGAGAAUGUCACCACCUCCCCAAACACAAAUUUUACCAGCACCUACAAAGAUCACCUCAAGGAAGCACAGGCCAGGGUUCUGGGCGCAACGUCGUUCAAACGUCGGGACUUGGAGCCCAGCCCUGCUGAAUAUCUGCCCAGGUCACCUGAGAGGAAAAGUGGUAGUUACAAUUCUUCAUUACUGGCUUUGGUUUCUGAAGAUGUCUCUGGAUAUCUUGAGGCUACACAAGCCAAACCAAACCCUACAGGAAGUGGCACUCAUCACAUUUCUCGGAUUGGAGCCAGGAAGAGGUUUACAACAGAGCAAAAACUGAAGUCAUACUCUGAACCAGAGAAGAUGAAUGAGGUGGGCAUGUCAGAGAAUGAACGCCAUGCUCAUUGCCGUCCAAAUAUAUCAGAAGAAGCCCUGGGCUCAUUUGCAGACAGGUGGAAAUUUUUUGAAGAAACAAGUAAGCCUGCAUUUAGAAAAGCAUCACAGAAACCAGUUCCCCAUGGUCUAGCAGAGGGACAGCCUGAGAGGCCAGAUAGGAAAGCACAAGAGGGAGAGGAGCUGUGGUAUGAGAGAAGAGGUCGGGUAGCCUCUGUUGGACUUGAAACUGUUCAUUCUUCAAAAUAUAAUGUCCACCAUAGCAGCAGCAGUAGGGCUGCUGAGAGGAUUGGGAAAUCUGCACAGCCACAGCGCCUGGGAACCUUUGCAGAAUAUGAGGCAUCAUGGAAGGAGCAAAGGAAGCCAAUAGAGCCAGGAAGGUACCAUUCAGCUGAUAAUAUCCUGGACACGGGCCAUGAACAGCAAGGGAAAUCCCAAUAUACCCAUGAGAGGUCUAGAUCAUCCCCUUCCACUGAUUUCUACAAACAGGAAGUAUCAGUUGAAGUAAGGAGGCAAGCAGAGGAUUUAAAGGAAGAUGGGGAGUGUAUUUUCUCUAACAUUAACAAACUGGAUGAAAGGAGCUGCACUGUGAGGCAAAUUGAUGCAGGGCCCCUGAGGGAAGACCCACGAGAGCAGAGCUAUCAGCUGGACCAGAAUUUAGGCCACAAGUGGAAGUCUUCUGUGAGACCUUUGCAUGUGCAAGAACCUACAGUCCUGCCUCACGAGAGUCGGGGCAGGUCUGGAACAUUGCCUAGCGACUACCGAUACUCUCAGGAAAAUGUGAAUGAGAAGAACAAGGAUUGUAGCCUGCCUCACCUGCCCUACUCUGAGCCACAGACCUUGAACGAGAACCACUCCUGUCAGUCCUGGGGCAAAGGAGAGGAAAACCAUACAAUAGAGCCAGUGCUGCUGAACAAGAAGCGUGGACCUGCUCCUCAGAGGCCACCACCACCCAAGAGAGAUAAAUACAGGCAACCAGAUAAUUCUGCACCAUCCCUUGGCACCUCUUCUGAAUCUCUGCUGGCAGCAGCCAGCCAGCCCUUUCUGUCCUCAUCCCCCAGCUCCACCGAAGUCUCUGCCAGUCAAUCCUCUCUCUGUCAGAGCCCUGCAGCUUUCAGUGGAAAACUGAAGAGUGCUAAUCCACAGCAGCUCCAGCAAGUGUCAUCCACAGAGAAUGUUUGUCAGCACUUAGAAGAAAAUACACACCUGAAGUCUGAGUCUUCCAAAUAUCGGUACCUUCAAAAACCUGGCAUGGAGUCAUCAAGGUCCCCUUCUCCCCAGUUUGCACCACAAAAGCUUACUGAUAAACCUCCUGUGUCCCUACAGGAUGAGAACCCAGCCAGAAUUGAAAGGGUUAUAGACAACAAUACUACAGUGAAAAUGGUUCCCAUCAAGAUAGUUCAUUCUGAGAGCAGUGCAGAGAAGGAGAGCCGGCAGAGUCUUGUCAGUACUAUGGAGCCUCCUGCUUUACCCAGUGGUUUGGAAAAGGACCAGAUUAAAACACUCAGCACUUCUGAGCAAUCCUAUUCACGAUUCUGUGCUUACACCAGGCAAGGUGUAGAGCCAGAGCCAGAAACCAGAACCAAAUCAGCUGACCCUCAACCAGCUGAAGAACCUGGGAGCAACUUGAAGGACAGCAGUGCUGCCACACAAGCAUCCAGCUAUGUAAAGGCCAAAGAAAAGACCUUAGAAGACUGGAAGUCAGAAGAACUUGCCAGAGAGAUUGUGGGAAGAGAUAAAUCUCUAGCAGACAUACUAGAUCCUAAUGUGAAAAUAAAAACAACAAUGGAUCUCAUGGUUGGUAUAUUCCCUAAAGAUGAACAUCUCCUAGAAGAAGCUCAGCAGCGCAGGAAGCUUCUGCCAAAAGUUCCCUCUCCAAAAGUUUCAGAAGAGAAGAAAGAGGAGCAGAAUGCACCAUCUGCCAUCUCCCUGACAACUAAUUCUACUUACUACAGCACAUCUGCACCAAAGGCAGAGCUGCUGAUUAAAAUGAAGGACAUGCAGGAGCAGCAGCAACAGCAGCAGAGUGAGGAUGAUUCUGAAGAUGAACUGGAUCAUGACUUGUCAGAGAAGAAGCAAGAACUUAUUGACAGCAUUAGUCGGAAGCUGCAGGUAUUGAGAGAAGCACGGGAGACACUUCUGGAAGACAUCCAAGCAAAUAAUAUCCUGGGGGAGGAGGUAGAGGCCAUUGUGAAAGAAGUCUGCAAACCAAAUGAGUUUGACAAAUUCAAGAUGUUUAUUGGCGACCUGGACAAAGUGGUUAACCUCCUGCUGUCACUGUCUGGUCGUCUGGCCCGGGUGGAAAAUGCCCUCAAUAACCUGGAUGACAACACCUCUUCAGAAGAGCGGCGGACAUUGGUGGAUAAGCAAAAGCUGCUGACCCAGCAACAUGAGGAUGCAAAGGAAUUGAAGGAAAACCUGGAUCGUCGAGAGCGCAUUGUCUUCGACAUUUUGGCAAACUACUUGAGUGAGGAGAACUUAGCAGACUAUGAGCACUUUGUGAAAAUGAAGUCGGCCCUCAUCAUUGAGCAGCGGGAGCUUGAGGACAAGAUCAAGCUGGGGGAGGAGCAGCUGAAGUGUCUGACUGACAGCCUCCAACCCGAGCGGCUCAAAUAAGGGCACUGAGUCCAGCCAGCGAUGGGAAAAAUGGGGAAGAAGGAAGGAAGGAAUAGGGGAGUUUCCAAGUAUACAAACGGGUAUCUUGGCUCGCCUUGAGUGUCUGGUAGAGAAACAAGUGCACAAGAGAAAAAUAGGUCUCACCACAGCAAUAAUGCUUUUUGGGGUUUGGUUUUUAAUUUUUUGUUUGUUUGUUUGUUUUGUUUAUGAAUGAUGUAUUUAAUUUUUUAGAGCACAUUUUUAUUGCUGGACUCUACAGCUGUUCCUCAUUGCUUAACUUCCAGAAAGCUCCACAAAAGAGGAGAGACUCUUACCCUUUCUGCUCAGUAAAUUCAAAGUCUGUGGCAGUUGUUCAUGGAAACAGUGGUUUUUAGAACGGGUUGUAUACAUCCUUUAUGUUCAGAUACUUCACAGUCUGCUGGGAAACCCUACAGCAAUUCAUGAAUGCACACACAUUUAGAAACUCUAAAUUAAGUGGGUUUUUAUGUUUUUGGUUUUUUUUAAAGACGCAUUAAAUAGGGGAAGUAUGCAUCUUAUAGCUAAUAUAUAAAGAUUGCUGAAAUGCAGUGUCACUCUGAUCCUGUGGCAUCAGAUACUUUUUUGUAAUAUUGUAUAUAGGAUGGCACUUUCCCCUUGCAGAAAACAACUUGAAAAUCAGUCCAGUUAAAUGCUUCUUAAGCAGCUUGCAAAUCACCUAAUACCUACCUUGCUGAAGACCUUUUUAAAAAUAAUUUUGCAAGACAUAUUUAUACACCCUCUUAAUGCAAUGCAAGUGAUUUUCUUUACCAAGUUGUACUUGAUUUAAGAAAUGGGCUGGAAGUACUGUGCUGAUUUUAUUCAAAGCAUUUUUCAUCUAAAUUAUUUAGAAGGCUCAUUUUCUUUCUUGUGCUUUUUUAUGCAUGUUUUUAUUCUUCUUGUCCCAAACCCACUGUACUUCAUAGAAAUAAAUGUAGGUUAAGGACAUUGCUUGUGUUUUUCUUCUGGUUGCUUAACACUGUGAUGGUUUUGUAUAGACAAUUAAGUUAUGCUGAAGUUGACCUACAUAAUGCUGUUUGUUCCUCUUUCUCAGACUACCAAAUGCAAUAGAAAUAAUUCUGCCAUUUAAAUACUGUGCAUUACUUGGAGCAACUCUACGUUGUAACUGUGAACAUAAGUGGGGCAGAGGAUGUUAGUUCACAUUAUCAGAUCACUGCUUGUGUUCUCCUCAUACUGCCAUUGACUGAGAUAAUUUCCAGUAGCUCUAAAAAGAGGUGCUAAUUCAUGUUUGCAGCACAGUAAUGGAUUAUGCUGACUUGCUUAGAUACCUGCAGUGAAAUUCUGUAGUGUCUUAAGUGUCAAGUUCUAUGUUAAGUUGUAGUAAGUAGUAAGAUUUAUCUCUCCUCAGACAAAUAGUUCCCCAACCAGAAGCCAUUUCCAAGUCUGAUAUGAAUGCCAGUCUGUAGCUAAGCAGGUUGAAAAUGCAAACAAUUGGUUGUUGAAAAGAGAGCAAAGAAUUCUUCCUGCUACUCCGGUAUGGCAGCAUUCACAGGAGUUUUUUCUGUCCUUCUUACCUGAAUCCCCUCUUUUGUGGGGAGAGAACUGGAAAAGUGCUGAUCAGUGAAUUCCUUGUGAGUUAGGGAACUGGGGAGCAAAAAUCCUCUGGAACCAGUUCCUUUACAGACAGGUGCAAACAUUAAAAGGACUGUUGCCCCCCCACACACCAUUAUUGUGCACUGCUUUGUAUACCUGGACCAAAUUUUAAUUGAAACUAUGUUGAUGUGCAUCAGUUGAGGUCAAACGGCGCUACUAUUUUACAAGACCUACAGCUGACCUUAGUUUCUUCCUCCUAGUUCAGAAAUGUAGUCUUCUGGCAUCUCACAGGUAUUUGCUGCUAUGUUCCUAGGACAACUGGUCCCUUUGUCCUUAAACCUAUCCCUUAACCAUAACAAACCCAAAACUAAACAUGAAUAAAUUAUGCUUGUCUUUUAGCUUGGAGAAAAGUGUGCAUUGUUUUAUAUGUGGCAUUUUUAAAAUUUUACAUAUUGUGGUUACUCUGAAAUGUGUAUGUGAAAUGUGAAGAAUAAUAUAAUUACAAUGUGUUUGUAUACAGUACUUUGAUUUAGAUCUCUGAUAAAAGGUAGCAAUAUUGUGAAAGCUAUAUCUAUUAUCCUUUUCACAGAACAGUUGUGUAGACACUAUUAUCUCCUUUCCUUUUUCAAUACUGUUGAAAAUCACUCACCCUGGAACCGUGAAGAUGGUGGCCUCCCAAUGUUAUAUGUAAAUCUGUAAAUAGCUGUACUGUUGCUUUUUGAAAAAAAUCUGGUGCUAAUGUUUUGCCUUUGGCAUCCUGGGGAUGGCUGUUUCUUCAUCCUUUGUUCUCAAUUCUAGAUCUCUUUGUAUAGUGAAAGAUACCCACAGUGCUUCUCCAACUGUUUGGAUCGUGCAGCCCAGAGUGAAAAUGUACAGCUUUCCUGCCUGACACUUAACAUGUACCUACUGACAAAUGGUAUUGCUUGAC